GCUCAUGGCAAAAACAUAUCACAAAGGAAAAUAUUUGAUAAGAACUAUUCUAUUUUGAAAACAUCACCCUAUUUUAGAACAAUGAACAACACCAUAUUGUCUAUCAUUUGACAUAUAAUUGUAUAUAAUUGUUGUAAUAAAAUGUCAGCAGCACUAACAAUACAAUAAUUACAUAAACAAGAAGCCAGUCAUGCAUUACGUAUGGUGGUAGAUGGCAGGUGGUGCCACUGAACCGUAACAAAGCACCUGCACCACCCCCCUACGUCCCUAUCUCUAAAUUACACACACUACCUCUAGCUAGCCCACACUACAGAGCAUUAAAAACAAAAUUCUCACAGAAACAGUAGCAAACAUGACAGUGAACCAACCAAGCACAUAGAGACGGUUGUUUGAUCAAUACUUGAUAUCAUACAAACCAGUGUUAAGUCACAAUAAUGUGUAACUGUUGUGUCCAAGUGAUAUUUUGUAGCAGAAAUUAAUUUUUGAUUCAAAAUGUCUGAGAUGGGCUUUGAGAAUGUGUUCUAUUUGGAGAAUUUUGAGUGCGCGGGCGACGAGGUACUUGUGGAGUCGUCGCCGCCAGCUUCGCCCGACAUGGCAGCACGGCUCGCGGCUCCAACACAGGGCGGCGGCGCGGCCGGCGCUGCCUCGCCGAGCGCCGUGCGCGAGCUCAUCGUCAUCCCGGAAAUACCCGACUCCAUGCAUUUGCAGCAUGCUAUGCAACAGGUAUCGAGCACGGUGGUGGAAGUGAACGGCGACAGUUCAGGUCACUCCAGUCCCACCGCGGAGGCUCAGCAUACCUACAUCACCGUGGCCAGUGAGUUGCGGGGCGCAUGGGCACGGCCAGGCUCCCGCGUCAAGACUGAAGACCAUAGUGACCAAGAAAGUGAGGGCGGAAAUGGAGUCAACUACCAUGUGCAAUAUGUUACGGAGCCGCAAGAGAUCUACACACAAGGUCACCAGACGCAUAUGGAGCCGCUGCGCUACCCGGUGUACGGCGUGGCGACGGUGGGCGCGGAGGGCUCGUCGGCCGACAGCGGCUGGGGCGGCGCCUCCUCUGCCGAGUACACCGCCUAUGGCGUCGUCGUGGCCGGCGACGAGGCGGAGGCGCCGGCGUCGCCCGCGACCCCGGGCGCGGCGCCGGCGCCGGCGCGCAUGCCGCCCGCCACCGUGCAGUGGCUGCUCGACCACUACGAGACCGCUGAGGGCGUAUCCCUCCCCCGUUCAACCCUGUACGCUCACUACCUCCGACACUGCGCCACACAUCGCCUCGAGCCAGUCAACGCGGCCUCCUUCGGCAAGCUCAUCCGCUCCGUCUUCAUAGGGCUCCGGACCCGCCGGCUCGGCACUAGGGGGAACUCCAAGUACCACUACUACGGGAUCAGGGCGAAGCCCGGGGUGGAACACGAUCAUAGCGAGGCUGGUGACGCUCAGGAUCAGCACGACAAUGUCGAUGAUAAGACUGAUGUCUUGGAUCAGGAGGGCAGAUCCCGGUCCCGGUCCCGCGACUCGGCCAGCAGCCCCACGCACGCGCACCGGCAGUACCUCGGCGCCGCCGCCCCGCCCGAGCCGCCGCCGCUCAGCGUACACCCGCUGCCCGACGACGUCACGCAGGACAUGCUCAACGCGCUGCGGAGGCAUCACAGGGAUCACGGCGCAGAAUUCUUAUCCGCUGUAGCGGCACUCGACGCUACCGGCGUGGAACGCGCUCGCCGCGGCUUCUGGCGACGUCCACCGGCUUCUCUCUGCCGUCGCACUUUAGCCCGUCUCACUUCACGGCCUGACGUCUGCACUUGGUUACGAAGUGCUGAAUUACGGUUACAUCAACGUGCUGUGGAGUUACUACUGCCGGAUGUUUUACGGCCUAUACCAGCGGCUUUGACGCAGGCGAUUCGUAACUUCGCGAAGGGUGUGGAGGCUGCGCUCGCGGCCGGGGCGGCGGGGGCUCCGGCCCGGGCGGCGAGGGCGCAGGCUCAGGCGGCUCAGGCUCUCGCGGCUGCGCUGAGGCGAUAUACUUCGCUCAAUCAUCUUGCGCAGGCUGCGAGAGCCGUGCUGACUAAUCAUCAUCAGAUACAUCAGAUGUUGGCGGAUCUGAACCGCGUAGAUUUCCGCGUGGUACGCGAGCAGGCGGCGUGGGCUUGUUCCUGCGGUAGUGCGGCUACUGCACACAAACUUGAGGCUGACUUCAAGGCGACACUAGGGCGCGGCGCGUCGCUGGAGCAGUGGGCGGGGUGGCUGGAGGGCUGCGUGCGCACGGCGCUGGCGCCGCACGAGCGGCGCGCGGACUACACGGCGCGGGCGCGGCGCCUGCUGCUCGACUGGUCCUUCUACUCCUCGCUCGUCAUACGCGAGCUCACACUCAGAUCUGCGGCGUCGUUCGGGUCGUUCCACCUGAUCCGGCUGCUGUACGACGAGUACGUGUCGUACCUCAUCGAGCGGCGCGUGGCGGCUCAUCACGACGCGCCGCCCAUCGCCGUCAUGCACAGACAUCAUGAGCAAGACGAAGAAGACAUCCCGGAGGAGCAGCCUCGCGCAGACCCUGACGAUGAUGACCAGGACUGGGAGUGGGAUGACGAUGACGAAGAAGAUGAUGAACCUGACUGUAAGAAGCAGAAGUUACCUGAACAGUAAGACCGUAUGUAUGACGUAGGACGUAGCUUGGGAGUCUGGAGUGGACUUAAGGAUGCCCACACAAAACUGCGAUGUGAUACGAAUUCGCAAAAACUUGUGAUGCGAUGCUAUUUUUUUCAGCAACCCAUUUGGUUACGGUAACCAUACUUUUUUGUGUGGGAGCCCUGAUAGUCCUUUGAACAGCUAUGGUAGAUUUACCAAAAACGAUAGUUUAUGAACUAUAUGGAUCUUUGCGUUUUUAAUUAAGAAAAAUUUAAAGUGCUUACUGGUUAGGUUUCUUGUUCAUUGUGUCACAUUCCUAUAAAACUGUCAAGAGUUAUGCUGUAGCCUUUUCCAGCAUUUAAGAUCCUUUUUAAACAUCCUGGAUUAUUCAGACAACUAUAAUUAUAUUAUUUAGCCUCAUCUAGUUAAGGUGUAAACAGAUGUGUACCAUUUCAAGCGAUAAUGAUUUCUACUUUGCUCAGUGUGUUAUAUGUAUGUUGCGACCUUUAUAUAUUUGUGACAUACAAAUAAAUAUGUAUGUGUGAUAGUAUUUCACUAUAAUGGUUAGUGAAAUUACGUGCGUUGUGAAUAUUUCUAUGGACAAUGUUAAAACUAAGCACAUAUAAAUAGCCUCUUUUUUGUAAAUGUUGGCAUUAAAAAAACAUUCAUAAUUUGAAAUACUGAAAAAGUAUUUAAUCAAAACAUAAAUAUUUUUUCAAAAUUCAAAUAAUGGCCUUUGGGAAUAGCAUAAAAUCUAAA